GAGAAAAUACCAACAAAAUAUUCAAAAUGGGUGAUUGAAUGCUUUAUAGAUACCAUCAAAGAAAUUAGAGAGUCCAUCAUCGAACAUCCCAAUUUACAGCUUAUUGGUUCCUCACUGUUGUUUAUUUACGAGGGAGACCGAGCUGCGGCAGACAGUACUUGGAAGCAGAUGUUAGAAGAAGACGAUAUACCAGAGAACAAAGAACUUAAAGCCGACGACGAUGAGUUAUCUCCAAAAAUGUGUGAUAUACGCUUAAUUGAUUUUGCCCAUUCAGAUUGGCAUGCUGAUAGAAAAGAUCAGGAUCCAGAGUUAGUGAAGGGCUUUGAUAACAUCAUUGCUUUGUUAGAAGAUUGUUUAAAAAGACAACGUCAAGAAAAAUUGUAAAUUAUGAAAUAAAAUCGCGUCGCGCUUUUAAAGCCUUCAAAAAGAUUUGAGGCCAACUCUAAUUCUGCAACGCGUUUCUUCCUCUCUUUUUUUUUUAAAAAAAAAUGAAGUUAAAAUCAAGAGGUUUAAAAUUGAAAGAAAAUGACAACAAUGUAGAGCCCGACAUGGAAGCUUCACCAAAACGUAAUAGAAGGCUCAAAAGAAUUAUCAUUGAAGAGAGUAGUAGCGAAGACAGCGACAACAGUAAUGACGAGGACGACACCCCUUUGUUUCAAAGGAAAGCAGUAAAGCAGACACUUGACAAAAAGGGAGCUAUUAUAAAAAAACCAAGGAUCUCGGUUGAGGAAGAGGAAGAGGUUUCAUUCUCGGAGCUGGACAAGGUGGAUACCAAGUUAAAGUCUACAGAGUUUGAAGCACCUUAUAAAUUCAAAGCUCCCAUUACACCGCCUUCUAAUGAGUUUAAAGCGCCAAUGGCGCCGCCUACGACUGCAUUUAAGGCACCUUCUGACACCUUUAAAGCACCUUUUAACGACUUCAAAGCACCUUCUAACGACUUUAAGGCACCUUCUAACAACUUUAGGGCACCUUCUAACGACUUCAAGGAACCUUCCAAGGACUUUUCAAGACCUUCCGAUAACUUCAAAGCGCCAAUGACUGGAGUUGAAGAAAAUCAGCAGAGCAAUUUGCAUUCUAGUAGAUUAGCUCAUUAUAUGACAAGUAUUUGUGAAGAUUUAGACAGUUAUAAUUACAGUAAAGUUAAAUCGACAGAUUCGCUACUUACGUUCAGGGACGACGAUGACAUGCCCACUUUGGAUAUUACUGUGAUGAGAAAGUUUACAUUGCUGACAACAAAUACAAACAGACACUUCAAAAAUUUGGACUCAGUAGAUAUGGUUAAAUUUGGGAAGAUCAUAAAGUUAAUGGAAAACACAGUGAUUGUUUCUACAGAUAUCGAUGUCAUUGACCAUUAUGCAAAGAAUACACAAGACAACAGAGAAUCUACGCUAAGUAGAUUAUCUAAUAUCAGCGAUGCCUUGGAUACAUGCUCAAUGAUAUUUGAAUUAUUAACAACAUGCAAGUUGGAUAAAAAGUUUCUUUCGAGAAAUCUUAUCACCAAUUGUCUUCAUUUUAUCAAAAAUCAACUAGACUACACCAUAUACCCUCUUAUUGAUUUAAACGGAACCGAAGAUGAAGCCACCACACUAUCAUCCGAUGCACAUACCUUUCUUAAACUUGUCACAUCACUACCUAAGGAAAAACAAAUCGUUUCAGCAUUCAUACCACACGUCAUUCGAUUUUUCAGGCGCGCUUUUGCAUUGAUAUUAGCAGAGGAUUUAGAUGAUGAUGUUCUUGUUAUUGUAGCGUACAUUGGAAUGGCACCAUUUUUUCAUGACUGUUCCGAAGAUCACAGAUCCAUUCUUCUUUCAAGUCAAGAAAAUGAUGGAACCUUCAAUCCAUACGAGCAACUCAAAUUCUGUGCUUUAGAUAUCUUGAAGCAUAUCUUUAGCAAAUAUCCCAAGCACCGUCGAUGGAUCUUUGAAGAAAUUCUGACUAGUCUUGGUACCCUCACUACCAUGGAUGGCAAAAGAAAGUAUAGAUUGCGUGAUAACAAAUCCAUCAAUGUCAUUAGUGCUUUAUUCAUGCAAUUAGUUCAAUGCAGUGCAUCCCUUAGCGAUUUGGCAUCACACAAGAGCUGGUUUAAAAAAUGGAGCAUCCGCUACCAAAAGGUAUCAAAGAACAAAGAUAUGGAUCAAAUGAAGCUCCUGGAUGAUAAGCUAGUUCGUCGUGCCGCAACGGCCUGGAGAUUAGGUGCUGAAGCAGCUGCAAAUUGUGCUUCGUUCUUUUUGGAAUUUUUAAUGUCGAAAUGUAAAUCUAGAAAGUCAGACUCUUACUCCCUUCAGGAAUACAGACAAAUUCUUUUCGCUACACUGGAGGACAUCAUGAGUGUUUUUAAUGAUCCCGAGUGGCCUGUCGCAGAACUUAUCAUGAGAGUCUUUAGCCGUAUUUUGAUAUCCCUUUUGGAAGAAAACCACUCUGAUAUAUUCCUAAAAACUCUCGCCAUCAAAUGGCUUGGAAUCAUAGCAUGCAAGAUUAAAACAGGAUACAAUAGACUAGCAGGGGAAAACAAAACAUAUACACCAGAAUGGAUUUCCGAAUUGAAUGAAACCCUUGCUAUAAAAGUUGGUAUGGAGACACCAAUCACCUCGAUCUCUCUACUGGACCAAUGUCGUAAAAAAUUGUUAGACAACACUAUAGAGGAAAGAAUGAGUACAAGUGUCUCUCAAUUUUAUUUAUGUAAUUGGGGUUUUAUCGAAUCUGUUAUUUGGACCAAGGCAAAUAAAGGCUGGGAAUUAGACGAUAAAAAGAGUAAACCAAAGCCUGCAUCAAUAUCAACUGCAGCAAGUACAGGAGUAGACGCGAAUGAUAAGGAGGAGGAAGAUCUCGAUGGAGAUAGUACUAUGACUGACACUCCGGAUAAAUCAACUGAUGAGGAUGAAGUCAAGUGGCCGAAGGAGACAGCUUUAUUGCUAGGAGAAACAUGUAAAUAUUAUUGGUUGACGUGUUUGGGUAUACAGUACAACUUUCCAAAGUCAAGCACCAAUUACGAAUUCCCUGAAAUGUCAAGAACGGAUUACACAUUAUUGACAGAGCUUUUGGCUUCACGCCAAACAUUAUACACUAGUUUCAAUUUUAUCCUGUCAGAGAUCUUGACUUGCAUUGAAAAAGAUGGUGUUCUAUACAGAACAAAUGCUUUAAAAGCAAUUGGGAAAAUCGCUUCUGAGGUUCCCGAGAUUCUGGAUGAGAUACGUGUACGUAAUUCAGUACUUCAAAGAAUUCAUGAUCCAUCUCCUUCUGUCAGAGAUGCCGCAGUGGACGUCGUGGCGAAAUACCUGGGUCGUUUGGAUAAUGUGCCAAUUAAGCUUUACGAAGCUGUCAGUAGUAGAAUUAUGGAUACAUCUUAUAUUGUGCGUAAGCGACUUGUCAAGCUUUUACAAGAUCUCUACUUCAAAUUUUACGAUCCCGAGAUCAAGAUUGAUAUCGCAUCCAAAUUGAUUUUACGAAUUGGUGAUAAUGAAGUAGUGAUCAGUCAACUGGCUCUUAAAACCACUCAAACUAUUCUAUUUCAACCUUUUGAGAUCAUCGAAAAGGAGGGAAACGAUUAUUUCGGCUACUCGUACGCUAAUUCCCCCAAGGAACGUAAACGUAAAAUCACAGACUUGACCAAAGUCAUUACAGGUGCUGUUUCUAAAUUGGAUCCUUCUAUUACUACUCAAAAUGCAGCUCUGGCUCAAAUCAUCCAGAAGACCGUGAAUUCAGCUGAUGAAAAAUCCAAGAUUUGGUAUGACAAAGUAUUUCAAUGGAUUGUCGAUUCUCUGUUUGAUCGCAUGAUAACGCUUGAUGAGGAAGAGAAUUCCGAAGAGUUUAUCCAUUGUUUGGCUACGGUGUAUUCCUUCACUAGAUCAUGUCCCGAGUUACUUCGUGAAACGCAAAUAUCUAUGCUACAGCCGUAUUUGUGUAUAUCUUCAGAUGAGGAUUGGACAAAGGCACGCUAUGUAUUGACAAUUUAUAGAGAUGUAUUACCCCGUAUGAAGUACCAUGAUCCAGCUUUUACUCAGUCCGUUGAACGGGUAUUGAUGCAAGUAUUGAGAAACUGUCCUCUGGAUAUUAUCCCUUAUGGUAUCUCGUGUCUUUGUGUCAUCAUUGAUCGCAUUUCAUUCAGGUACAAUAUUGUCAUCAAAAUGCUUGGAUCGUCUGUUAACAGACUUCGACAAGUUCGAGAGUUCAUCAGCAAUGGUGGAAGUACAGCCAAUGGGUCUUUCUCCGGUGUAUUAAAGAUGCUCCUCAUCUGCGGUUUACUUUGCCAACAUUUCGAAUUUGAUAAGAGGCGUGAAAAGGAGCCCGAAGAAAUGCAAAGCUUGAACCUGGUCUACAAGGGAGAUAUUAGUACAUUGGUGUUUGAUUUAUUGCAGUUUUUCACAGGUCAAAUUAUGGAGGAGCUUGGUGAAGAGGGAAUAACCAUGCGCAUGACUGCUUUACAAGGAUUGGGUUAUUUCUUUGCUUCUCAUCCAACCUUUAUGAUUUCACAAUCAAGUACUGCUUUGAUGGAUAAAAUCUUUGAAGAAGGCACGCCUCAAUUGAAAACGCAACUUAUGCGUGUAUUCCAAGAGUUUUUGGGCGCAGAAGAAAAAAGAAUUGAGAGACGAGAUGAAGUUGCUGGUGAAUCGACUAUUGUAGAAACAAUUGACGUGGAUACACUUUUAGGAAAUACCGAAGAAUACGCUGAACUCGGGGUAAAUGGAUCGCUGAUGCAACGAUACCUCAAAAAGAUUUUAGUAUGUGCACUUUCAAAAACAGAUGAUCUACGCUAUUCCGCAUUCGAAGUUGUGUCUUCGAUUAUUCAUCAAGGCCUAGCUCAUCCUGUGUUAUGCAUGGCUGUAAUUGUGGCAGCAGAAACAAGUCCAGACAUCAUUCUCCGAAACAAGGCAUACUAUUUACAUAAAUACACCCACGACAAACAUGGUCCUAUUCUAUAUACCAGAAUGAACGAAUACUUGUCCACGUCCUACGACUAUCAAAAAAUGCUGUUUGAUGAUGGAUUCGUUAAAGGAUAUGGUAAAAGAGGAGGAGACUCUAAAGUGGAUCCAGUAUUGGGACUUACGUACUCUGUGUUAAAAGACAAGAAGAGACCUAAGUUGGACUUCUUAGGUGCACUCGUAAAGCCAUUUGCAUUUGACUUAAAAAGUUCAGAUCCUGAGGAUGUUGAUAUCAAUUAUCUGAAAUAUUUGGCAGAAAAUACUUUUACACUUGACUUGGGAAAUACCGAAGAGGUCCUUCAUAUAGUUUACGUUAUGGAUCGCAUAUUAAUGACACUUGGUGCUGAUUUAUUAUCCUAUAUUCAUUUCCUUAAAAAGCAAGGUAUUGUCACAUCUGUUACUGGUGAUGAACAAAUCCAUGAGGAUGAAGAGUUAGACCGUGAUUUCUUGGUUGCAUCUAAGAUAGCGAUUGCUUUGUGUAUCCUCAUGUACGUCAAAAACCUACUUGUGGAGCUUUAUGAUAUACCUGAUGAUGAAAUCCGUGAAUUUAAUCCAAACAUGAAAAAAAAAAACCGAGAAGUAACAAAAGAUUUGGAGAUGAAUGGUUUAAUUGAAUGGGAUCAGUUAUUAUUCUUUAGACACGGCAAGUUAAAUAGAAUAACAGCCUCAGAUGCUUGCUGCAAGUUUGAAUAUUUGAUUAUGAACGACACCACAGCGGUUAUUACAGAAGAAGAUUAAAUCGAAUAAUAUUGUAUGCACCAUGUAAAUUAAUGUAAAUAAUAAACGUCUUUUUUAAACGUAAA